AUGGCAUUGAAAGCCAAGAGCCUCGUCUACGACGUGCUCACCAAUCCAAAACACACAAAAUGGAUCGGACCACUCCUCAUUCUCAGCGACGCUCUCUUCUGCGCCCUCAUCAUCUGGAAAAUAGCCUACACCGAGAUUGACUGGUCAACAUACAUGCAACAAGUAUCUCUAUACAUCUCCGGCGAACGCGACUACACCCAAAUCAAAGGCUCAACCGGUCCGCUCGUCUACCCCGCCGCCCACGUAUACAUCUACACCCUGCUCUACCACAUCACCGAUGGCGGCCGUGAUAUCCUCCUUGGCCAGGCGCUUUUCGCCCUACUAUACCUGGCUACACUGGCUGUGGUAGUCGCCUGCUACAGACAGACAGGGGCACCGCCAUACCUGUUCCCGCUUCUUGUGCUGUCCAAGCGGUUGCAUAGUAUAUUCGUUUUGCGGAUGUUCAAUGAUGGCGUUGCGGUUUUUGCUAUGUGGGUUGCUAUUUAUCUGUGUUUGAAGAGGAAGUGGACCGCGGGCAUUGCGGUGUGGUCUUUUGGUGUUGCGAUCAAAAUGACUCUUGUGCUGCUUGUACCGGCUAUUGCUGUUGUUACGCUUCUUGGGUUGGGGCUGGCCCGGAGUAUUUCUCUCGGGGCUAUGGCUGUUCUUAUUCAGGUCCUGCUUGCUGUUCCCUUUCUUCAGACUAAUGCUACGGGGUACCUCUCUCGGGCGUUUGAGCUAUCCCGCCAAUUCUUGUUCAAAUGGACAGUGAAUUGGCGGUUUGUAGGCGAGGAAGCAUUUAUCUCGAGGGAGUUCUCUGUGGCUCUGCUAGUGCUUCAUAUUUCGCUGUUGGCUAUCUUCUUCAUAAAUUGGGUGAAACCUUCAGGGAAGAAUGCUGUCCAGUUUGUCAAGGACACUAUCCAGAGGCAACAGAAGACAGUCGCUCUCUCGAGAUCCUUCAUUAUGACAGUGAUAUUGAGCUCACUAGCCAUCGGCCUGCUAUGCGCCAGGUCCUUGCAUUAUCAGUUCUUUGCAUACCUCGCAUGGGCCACCCCCUUCCUGCUGUGGCGCGCAGACCUUCACCCAGUCUUUAUCUACGCCGUAUGGGCGCUGCAAGAGUGGGCUUGGAACGUGUUCCCCAGCACAGACGGAAGCUCGGCGAUGGUGGUGUUGUCGCUUGCGGUCCAGGUUUUUGGCGUGUUGUUCACCGGGUCGAGCGAAGUAGACAAGGAGGAAGAAAAGGGCAGCAAUCGUCCGACUGUCCGAAAAUGA